AUGCCGCCCCCGCCCAAACCUGUACCAGCCAAGGCAGGCCAGACAUCCUCCAAGACUCCUUCAAGACAGCGACAUCCACAAAAGCAGCAGCCUGCUCCACUAACGGACAGACUGAAACGUCUGUUUACUUCCCUCUGCGCUCAAGUUGAUGGUGGGCACUUUACAAAUGCGAUUCGUACAUGCAAUAAGAUCUUGCGUCUAGAUCCAAGUGAUCGCGAUGCACUACGGACGAAGCUUUUCCUGCUUCUCCAAACUGAGCAGUACGACACUGCCCUUGCACUUAUCGCUGAAAUAAAUGAACAAUGUUCGUUUGAGCGGGUAUAUGCAUUAUAUCGUCUUCAGCGAGAAGAAGAUGCUGCUCAGGUGCUAAAGGAAAUCAAGAGCAGUGGAAAAGAGCCAGAGCAGAGAGGCGCGAUGCACUUGGAGGCUCAGUUAAGCUAUCGCCAAGGAUCGUACCAGUCAUCCCUGAAUAUUUAUAAUGAACUUCUUGAAACAACUGAUCCUUCUUCGGAUGAACAUGCAGACAUUCUCACCAAUCUAUCAGCCUCCCAAUCACACCAGGAUUUCAUCACAACUACAUUUAUGCAAGCUAUGUCUCAACUCCCUGGCUCUAAUGCCUCAACGUUAGAAUCUGCGCCACCACCCGUUCUCUCCCAACCAGCUUCGAUCCUCGUUUCUGUGGAAGAACCCACGAAGAAGCCGGAGGCUGUGGAAACCAAAACGAAAUUGCGGACAAAACGUGCACCGAAGGGAGUCAUACCAGGCGUGUCUCCUCCACCGGAUCCAGAAAGAUGGCUGAAGAAGUCAGAACGAACUAGUUAUACACAAGGGAAAAAGCGUAGAGGUGCAGGAGGUGGUGCGACUCAAGGUGCAACUGUUGGCGCUGAAACUGGGCCUGUUUCUGCUGGCGUCUCGCACGGUGGAAAGACUGGUGGGAAAGGCAAGGGAGGGAAGAAAAAGUAG